AACCCAUCUCCUCCUCUCUCUCUCCACUAUUCCAUUUCGAUUCACGAGUCUUGUACUUCCCUACACAAGAAAACAAAAACAAAAAUAGUCAAGAAUCAAGGAGUUAAAGACUCUUUAGUUCUACUUUGUUCUUAUUCUAUAAUCCAUUGCUUGCCUUCCAUUUCUGACCCGUGACUCCUCCUUGUCUGUAUCUUCCAAACCCUUAAAAACCCCUCCUUCUCCUUCCUUCUCUUCCAUAAUUCUCAAUCCACAAUGGGUAACACAGUUGUUACAGGCAAAAAAAUGGCCAAGGUGAUGUGCACCGACGGCAGUACCUUCGAGCUAAAGACACCGUUACGUGCCGGCGACGUAACCAAAGACUACCCAGGCCAUGUCCUCAUAGAAUCGGAAGCGGUUAAGAAUUUCGGAAUCCGAGCAGAGCCAUUGGAACCCCAACAGGACCUGAAACCCAGACGUCUCUACUUCCUUGUAGAGAUACCAAAGUUUCAAGAACAAGAGAAGAAGAAGAGAAGCCUUCACAGGAAGGUUCAACCUGGGGUUCAGAUGAAUGCGAAGGAGAGAAUAGAGAGUCUCAUGUUGAGCCGGAGAGCCACGUCGGAUUUGUCAUUUGUAAAGGAUAAGAAUUUGGUUCAUGAUGCUGGGAUGGUGAGGGUGAAGCUAAGGGUACCAAAAUCGGAGGUGGCGAAGCUUAUGGAUGAGAGUCAUGAUGAGUCGGAAGCGGCGGAGAAGAUUAUGGAUCUUUGUAUAAGUAAGAGUGGACUCGCCGCCGAAGGCGGUGGCUACGGCGACGAUGACGAUUAUACGUAUACUAAAAGUGGGCCCCUCCUUGGUUAUGAAUCACAUGGGGAGGACGAUGGUUCGUACAGCAAGAGUGGACCUCUGCCGCAACCGUCGCAUUGGAGGCCGGCGCUGAAUAAAAUCAGUGAGGGUAGUAAUAAGCCUCAUCGUCGUGCGAAAAAGGUGAGCUUCUUGGCGGUCAAGAAUGAAGAAAUGGAGUAGAUUUGAAGAAUUAAAGAUGAGACUUUUUUUUUUUUUCUUAGGGAGGGUAAAAGAAAUAAAUUUAAACUAGAGGGCAGCAGUAAUUUUCAAGCCCCUAUAUAGUUUUUAUUGUACUACGAUUGUAGUAAAACCAUGUACUUGUUUAGUGUGUGGACAAUUAGUGUAUGUAAAUUCAUGUAUAUUAUAUUGUUCUAUACUCUUACCUUCAAUCAAA